AUGAAGAGUAUACUCGCAACGGGGUACGAUGGAAUGUCGUAUUUGAUCAACGCGAAGAACGGAGAGAUUCAGUGCAGAUUUAAAUCGCCACAAAAUGUCACGGGUGUGUCUGCCGCUGCGUUAAAUAUCCAACACUCGAAGUUCCUUAUUAACGACACGGAGAAGUCGUGCGUGUACGAGUACUCCUUUUUGCGGGAGAAUGUUGUUUCGAAGUCAUCCAUCAUCGAACCGGUGUCAUCAUUAUUGUAUGUCAAAGGGAUGUAUAUCAUCGGUGGGACUGUUAGUGGGAAAGUUCUAGUGUGGGAAGAGAAGAGUGGGGUCUUACUGAAACAGUUUCAAGCACAUAACAAGAAGAUCAACGCGCUUUGUUUCUCCGAGAAGUGUGGAGUUCUUUUAACGGGUGGAGAAGACUCGGUGAUUCGAGGGUGGUCGUUUGUCGCAAUAUUUAAUGGAACCCUAUGCACACCACUCUUUACAUUGACCGCACAUACCCUUCCCGUCACACACAUAAUAUCUUCGAAUAAUAGAAUCCCAGGCUUUAUUUCAGUCUCUUUAGACAACACCGUGAAGUGUUGGAAAUAUGGGGAAGUCACUCCAACUGCGUCAUUCACAUUACCAUCACAACCCAUUUGUCUGUGCACAAAUGAGGAGCUCACUGUAUUUUCUGUGGGGUGUGUAGAUGGGAAAGUCUAUCGAAUACCUGUGUUGUAUGCUCCACAGUUUGAUCGAGUGAAUCGAAAAGAAGAGAUGAUGGGCAAAGUGAUUGAACAUGGUGAAAAUGGGAUUGUAAGAGACUUGGUCGAUUAUAAUGGAAAUUUGUUGGUUGGAUAUCAAAAUGGGACGUUGGUUGUGUUCGAUACUGAAACCACUGAACCGUUGUUGGUCAUCGAUCAUAUUAAAAGUCCUAUCAUUCGGUGCACAGUUAUUACAACACCAACAAAUUUUAAUUCACUGGAAGACAUUUCUAUCAAAAAGACUAAGGAAUGGGUCGUCGAACAAAUUUUACUGAAAAAAUACCCGGCUAUUAAAGACGAACUGUUCUCACUCAUAUUGGUCGAACAAGCACAAAAACAAACAAAAAGGGAACUUGAAAACGUCGUGUUCAGAAAAGCAAGUGCUUCGAAAAUCGAUGGAACACUCCAAACCGACGAAGCCACCGAACUUUUUAAGGUAAGAGAAGAGUUGGCUUGUUGGAAGGCAGUCAAUACACAACUCCUCAGUCUUCUUGAAAACAAAAAUUGA